AUGCCUGAGACCAUCGUCGACGAGACAGCUCUUCCCUCGAGCCCUCAGGCUGGAGGAGCCGUUGCCUACAACACAGUUAGCAAGGAAUUGCAACCCCUCCCGUCAUUGGAGACCGGCAAUGGCGCUAUCAUUCCUCCUGCGUCCUCAAGAAUCGAAGGUAGCACCGGGAGACUGUGUGCUCUCGAGCUCGAGGAUGGCACAGUUUACCAGGGUUACAACUUCGGAGCUGAGAAGAGCGUAUCAGGAGAGCUGGUCUUCCAGACUGGUAUGGUCGGAUACCCCGAAUCCAUCACAGAUCCCUCCUACCGCGGUCAGAUUCUUGUCAUCACGUUCCCUCUUGUGGGAAACUAUGGUGUCCCCUCCCGAGAGACCAUGGAUGAACUGCUGAAGACAUUACCGAAGCAUUUCGAGUCCACCGAGAUCCAUAUCGCAGCACUGGUUGUGGCGACUUAUGCUGGAGAGAACUACUCUCACUUCCUUGCUGAGUCGUCACUGGGACAGUGGCUCAAGGAACAAGGCGUGCCUGCCAUUCACGGGGUUGAUACCCGCGCACUUACCAAGCGCAUCCGUCAGAAGGGUAGCAUGCUUGGACGUAUGCUCCUUCACAAGGCCGACCUCGCCGAAAGCGAGGCAGCCCUACACAAGGAUGAUUGGAAGUCCUCCUUUGAACAGGUUGACUGGGUCGACCCCAACGUCAAGAACCUGGUUGCUGAAGUAUCAAUUCGCGAACCUAGACUUUUCACUCCUCCCGAGGACAUUGCUCUCAAGCACCCCUCCGGCCGCACUCUUCGCGUUCUCUGCUUGGACGUCGGUCUCAAGUUCAACCAGCUUCGUUGCCUGCUCGCUCGUGGUGUAGAAGUUCUUGUUGUUCCCUGGGAUUACGAUUUCCCCACACUCGCUGGAAAAGACUAUGAUGGUCUUUUCGUCUCCAACGGUCCUGGUGACCCAGCCACACUCUCUACGACUGUUAACAACCUGACAAAGACACUCAAGGAGGCCCGGACACCCGUAUUUGGUAUCUGUCUCGGUCAUCAAUUGAUCGCUCGAUCGGUUGGCGCGCAGACAAUGAAGAUGAAGUUCGGUAACCGUGGUCACAACAUCCCCUGCACAAGCAUGGUGACUGGAAAAUGCCAUAUCACUUCGCAAAAUCAUGGUUACGCCGUCGACUCCUCCACUCUUCCCACCGACUGGCAAGAGUUGUUCGUGAACGCGAACGAUGGCAGUAACGAAGGUAUCAGGCACACCAGCCGACCUUUCUUCAGUGUCCAAUUCCACCCCGAAAGCACACCUGGUCCUCGGGAUACAGAGUACCUCUUUGAUGUGUUCAUCAAUGCCAUCAAGGACACGAUCUCUUCUCCUGAAGCCCUCAACAAGCCCGUCAACUUCCCCGGAGGAACCGUCGCCGAAAACAUCAAGGCUGCUCCUCGCGUCUCCGUUCGAAAGGUCCUGAUUCUGGGAAGUGGCGGUUUGAGUAUCGGACAAGCCGGUGAGUUCGAUUACUCUGGCAGUCAGGCCAUCAAGGCCUUGAAAGAAGAGGGAAUCUACACCAUCUUGAUCAAUCCCAACAUCGCCACUAUCCAGACAUCCAAGGGUUUGGCAGACAAGGUUUAUUUCCUGCCCGUGAAUGCCGACUUCGUGCGUAAGGUGAUCAAGCACGAAAGACCUGAUGCCAUUUACGUCACUUUUGGUGGACAAACUGCGCUACAGGUCGGUAUCCAGCUCAAGGACGAAUUCGAGUCUCUUGGCGUCAAGGUUCUUGGUACACCGAUUGACACCAUCAUCACCACCGAAGAUCGUGAGCUCUUUGCUCGGAGCAUGGACUCUAUUGGCGAAAAGUGCGCCAAGUCUGCUUCGGCAUCCAGCCUCGAGGAGGCCCUUAGCGUCGUCGAAUCGAUCGGUUUCCCUGUUAUCGUCCGUGCUGCCUACGCGCUUGGUGGUCUUGGAAGUGGUUUCGCUGAUAACAUGGACGAACUGAAGGAGCUCUGUGGCAAGGCCUUUGCUGCCAGUCCUCAGGUGCUGAUCGAAAGAAGUAUGAAGGGAUGGAAGGAAAUUGAGUACGAGGUUGUUCGCGAUGCUAGGGACAACUGCAUCACAGUCUGCAACAUGGAGAACUUUGACCCUCUUGGUAUUCACACUGGUGACUCUAUUGUCGUUGCCCCCUCGCAAACGCUAUCCGACGAGGAUUACAACAUGCUCCGAACAACGGCUGUCAAUGUGAUUCGCCACCUUGGUGUUGUUGGAGAGUGCAACAUUCAAUACGCCUUGAACCCCUUCUCCAAGGAGUACUGCAUUAUCGAAGUGAAUGCCCGUUUGUCUCGUUCUUCCGCUCUCGCCUCCAAGGCCACUGGUUACCCGCUCGCCUUCAUCGCUGCUAAACUUGGACUGGGCAUCCCGCUCAACGAGAUCAAGAACUCCGUCACCAAGGUCACCUGUGCCUGCUUCGAGCCAUCGCUCGACUACUGCGUGGUCAAGAUUCCUCGAUGGGAUCUUAAGAAAUUCACCCGUGUGUCUACCCAGCUUGGUUCUUCCAUGAAGAGUGUUGGUGAGGUGAUGGCUAUUGGUCGAACGUUUGAAGAAGCAAUUCAGAAAGCUAUUCGAUCCGUCGACUUCCACAACCUUGGGUUCAACGAAACAAGUGCUCUCAUGUCCAUCAAGGGUGAAUUGCAGACACCUUCCGACCAACGUCUUUUCGCCAUCGCCAACGCCAUGGCCGCUGGCUACAGCGUCAACGAUAUCUGGGAACUCACUCGUAUUGACAAGUGGUUUCUCAGCAGACUCAAGGGCCUAAGCGACUUCGGUAAGCUCAUGACAUCCUACAACUCGAGCACCGUUACUGCGCCUCUCCUUCGCCAGGCUAAGCAGCUCGGUUUCUCCGACCGCCAGCUCGCGAAGUUCCUGAGCUCCAACGAACUCGCUGUCAGACGCAUGCGUGUCGAGGCUGGCAUUGUCCCCAUUGUCAAGCAGAUCGAUACAGUCGCCGCUGAGUUCCCGUCCGUGACCAACUAUCUUUAUCUGACUUACAAUGGCUCCGAGCACGAUGUCAAGUUCGAUGACCAUGGUAUUAUGGUCUUGGGAUCUGGAGUUUACCGUAUCGGUUCUUCAGUCGAGUUCGAUUGGUGCUCUGUUAGAACCAUCCGUACUCUUCGUGAACAGGGCCACAAGACUGUUAUGGUCAACUAUAAUCCCGAAACUGUCAGUACCGAUUACGAUGAGGCCGACCGAUUGUACUUUGAGAACAUCAACCUGGAAACCGUGCUCGAUAUCUACCAGCUUGAAUCUUCUAGCGGUGUAGUCAUCUCAAUGGGUGGUCAGACCCCCAACAACAUCGCCCUUCCUCUCCACCGCCUCAACGUCCGUAUCCUGGGUACAUCGCCUGAGAUGAUUGAUGGAGCUGAGAACCGCUACAAGUUCUCGCGUAUGCUUGACCGCAUUGGGGUCGAUCAGCCAGCGUGGAAGGAGCUUACCAGCAUUGACGAGGCGGCCGAGUUCUGCAACAAGGUUGGCUACCCAGUGCUUGUGCGUCCUUCCUAUGUCUUGUCCGGAGCUGCCAUGAACACGGUCUAUUCCGAGCACGACCUUGCCAACUACCUGAACCAAGCUGCCGAUGUCUCUCGUGAACACCCUGUUGUGAUUACCAAGUACAUCGAAAACGCGAAGGAGAUUGAAAUGGACGCGGUGGCUCGCAAUGGUGUCAUGGUUGGACACUUCAUCUCUGAGCACGUGGAGAACGCAGGUGUUCACUCCGGUGAUGCCACCUUGAUUUUGCCGCCCCAGGACUUGAGCGCAGAGACCGUUCGACGAAUUGAAGAGGCUACCCGCAAGAUCGGAAACGCGCUGAACGUUACUGGCCCUUACAACAUCCAAUUCAUUGCCAAGGACAAUGAUAUCAAGGUCAUUGAGUGCAAUGUCAGAGCCUCUCGUUCUUUCCCGUUCGUGUCCAAGGUCAUGGGUGUCGACCUUAUCGAGAUGGCUACCAAGGCUAUGAUCGGAUCUCCCUUCGUGGAAUACCCUCCUGUGAGCAUUCCAAAGGACUAUGUUGGUGUCAAGGUUCCGCAAUUCUCCUUCUCUCGUCUGUCCGGCGCCGACCCCGUUCUUGGUGUCGAGAUGGCCUCUACCGGAGAAGUUGCCUCUUUCGGUCGCGACAAGUACGAGGCCUACCUCAAGGCUCUGCUGUCCACCGGUUUCCGCCUUCCCAAGCGCAACAUCUUGCUCUCUAUUGGUUCCUACAAGGAGAAGAUGGAGAUGCUGCCGUCCAUCAAGAAACUCCACGAUGUCGGUUUCGAACUGUUUGCCACCUCUGGUACUGCGGACUUCUUGAAGGAGCAUGGCGUUCCCGUCAAGUACCUGGAAAUCCUUGUUGGUGAAGACGAGGACGUCAAGUCCGAGUACUCGCUCACCCAGCAUCUGGCAAACAACCUCAUCGAUCUGUACAUCAACUUGCCGUCCAACAACCGAUUCCGCCGACCUGCCAACUACAUGAGUAAGGGUUACCGAACUCGCCGUAUGGCCGUUGAUUACCAGACCCCGCUCGUCACAAACGUCAAGAACGCUAAGAUCCUGAUCGAGGCUAUUGCUCGUCAUUUUGCUCUGAAUGUGCAGAACAUCGACUACCAGACCAGCCACCGCACUAUCACCCUCCCUGGUCUGAUCAACAUUGGUGCUUUCGUGCCUGGUCUUGCAAACCCCGACUCGAAUGACUUUGAGGCUGUGACCAAGGCUUCCAUCGCUGCUGGUUUCAGUAUGGUGCGCGUCAUGCCCGUGGGUGUCGACUCUUCCAUCACGGAUGCUCGAGCCCUGAAGGUCGUCCAGCAGAACGCCGCCAAGGGCUCAUUCUGCGACUUCAACUUCUCGGUCGUUGCAACCUCCACCAACUCUGCAGAGAUUGCUCAAAUGACAGGAGAAGUCGGUUCUCUGUUCAUUCCCUUCAAUCACCUGUCCGGAAAUAUCAGCAAGGUCGCUGCUGUCACCAGCCAUUUCGCCGCUUGGCCAUCUAGCAAGCCUAUCAUCACUGACGCCAAGUCGACGGAUCUUGCAUCCGUCUUGCUUCUGGCUAGUCUCCACGGCCGCAACAUCCACGUCAUGAGCGUCACCUCCAAGGAGGAUAUCAACCUCAUCGCUCUCAGCAAGGAGAAGGGUCUCAAGGUUACUUGCGAUGUCUCAAUCUUCUGCCUCUUCCUGUCUCGCGAUGAUUUCCCUGAGACCACCUUCCUGCCUACCGCUGAAGACCAGGCCGCCCUGUGGGAACACCUCAGCACCAUUGAUAUCUUCUCCAUCGGCAGCAUUCCGUUCCAGCUCGCUGGCGAGAAGGGCACUCCCGCUGCCGGUAUUGCCGAGGCCCUGCCCCUCUUGUUCACUGCCGUUUCUGAGGGCCGAUUGACCGUGGAGGACGUUGUGGCGCGUCUCUAUGAGAACCCCAAGAAGAUCUUCGAGCUCCACGAGCAACAAGACAGCUCCGUCGAAAUUGAGAUCGAUCGUCCUUAUCUCUACCAGAGCCCUCAGCAGGCCUGGUCGCCCUUCAACGGCAAGAGCGUCAAGGGACUUGUUCAGCGUGUCAUCUUCCAGGGCAAGACCUCUUGCCUUGACAGUGAGAUUACCGCAGAUGCCCUCAAGGGAUCCGACAUGUCCGGUCACAGGAUUGUUCCAGCCGCCUCCCCCUCUCUCAAGGCUAUGUCUCCCCGGCCUCGCCCUGAGAGUGCGCUGGACCGCAGGCAGUCCAUCUCUGGAACUCCCGCUCGGUUGGCACGCAAGCCCGUCGACCAGUUCCCUGGCGCCAGUCUGAACGAGCUGGGCCCUCCUUUGUACGCUCCUAUACCCCGGGCCUCCUCCCCGCUGCUCAACAUGCUCGCCCGCUCCACCUUCAAGCAGAAGCACGUGCUCUCUGUCAACCAGUUCACCAGAGCCGACCUCCACCUGCUUUUCACCGUGGCACAGGAGAUGCGCCUUGGUGUGCAGCGCGAGGGCGUUCUGGACAUUCUGAAGGGUCGUCUUCUGUGCACUCUCUUCUACGAGCCCUCCACCAGGACCUCCGCUUCGUUCGAUGCUGCCAUGCAAAGACUGGGUGGUCGCACAAUCGCCAUCGCCACUGAGCACUCUUCCACCCAGAAGGGCGAGACCCUGCAGGAUACCCUCCGCACUCUCGGCUGCUACGGAGACGCCGUUGUUCUCCGUCAUCCUGACCCUUCCAGCACCGAGGUCGCCGCCAAGUUCUCUCAAGUCCCGGUCAUCAACGGUGGAAACGGCAGUGUUGAGCACCCUACCCAGGCAUUCCUCGACCUCUUUACCAUCCGUGAGGAACUCGGAACUGUUGGUGGUCUGACCAUCACCUUCACUGGUGACCUGAGAUACGGGCGCACUGUCCACUCGCUCAUCAAGCUGCUCCAGUUCUACGAUGUCCGCGUGCAGCUCGUCGCCCCCAAGGAGUUGUCUCUGCCCGCAGAAGUCCGCCAGCAGAUCGCUGCCUCUGGACAGCUUCUCGCAGAGUCCGAGGAACUGACACCCGAGCUUGUCGCCGGAUCGGAUGUUAUCUACUCCACCCGCGUGCAAAAGGAGCGCUUCGCCGACCUUGAACAGUACGAGCGCCUCAAGAACAGCUUCAUCAUCGAUAAUGCUCUUCUCAAGCACGCCAAGAGCCACAUGAUCGUGAUGCACCCUCUGCCCAGAAACGCAGAAAUCGCCGAGGAGGUCGAUUUCGACCAGCGGGCAGCUUACUUCCGACAGAUGAGGUACGGCCUCUACUGCCGUAUGGCUUUGCUUGCAUUGAUCAUGGCACCUUAA